AUGUGUGAACGUAGAGUCGUUGGACGAUUUUUCGAAAAACAAAAAACUUUCAACUUCCUCACACAACACACAAACAAAAGAAUCGGUUCCAUCUCUAGAUAUUAUUUGUUUUUAAAACAGCAAAUUCCUUCAACUUUUUUUUCAUCAUUGAAAGUAUUUUCCAUUUAUGAUUCAUUAUUAAUCUCUAUGUCAUUUUUUAAAAGAAAACCUUCAAAGGAAGAUUUAGGGGAGACAGCAUCAUUUAUCGAUCUUGAAAAUGCAAGUGCUGGUAAUGUGACGGGAUCACCAACGCUAGGUAGUGUCAAUGGCACCAGCAGCGGAGGUGGUGGCAAGAUGAAUUGGGCAGCAGCCGAUUUAUUUGUCCAAGUUUUGGGUGUCGAUCUUCGAAGUGUAGCCGCUUUUAGAGUGGGUAUCAGUUUGUUGAUCGUACUCGAUCUCUACGUCAGAUCACUCUAUUUAUACGACCAUUACACAGACUAUGGAGCAGUGCCAACCAACACGGUCAUUGAUGCCAAUCCAUACAUGUGGUCCUUUUAUUUCAUCAACUCGUCCAUCCAUUUUGCCCGUGUCCUCUUUUUCAUAAACUUUGUCGCCGGUCUCUGUUUGAUGAUCGGUUACAAGUCCCGUCUCUCCAAUUUCAUCUGUUACAUUUUAAUGUCUUCACUUCAUGUUAGAAAUCCAUUAGUAUUAAAUGGAGGAGAUGACUUUUUCAGAUUGAUGGUAUUUUGGAUGAUGUUUUUACCAACUGAAGCCAAGUUUUCAAUUGACUCUAUUUUAAAUGUGGAACAAAUCAACAAACGAUCCAAUAUCAACCACAAGUCGAUAGGAUAUUCACCAGUUCCCCAAUCCAACGCAUCCACCACAUUCCCAGUCACCGAUACGACUGGUAGCUACUACCUUUCGUUUGGUUCGAUGGGUGUCAUGUUGCAAUUCUGUUUUAUGUAUAUAUUCACUGCACUCCUCAAGACUGGUGCAGAGUGGCGUUCCGAAUACUCAUCGGUUUGGUAUGCUCUCAACCUCGACCAAUUUGUCACUCGCACGGGAUUGAUCCUGCGUGAGUACAUUGCAUUGGGCCAGUUCUUGACCUGCUUCUCGUACUACUUUGAACUCUAUGGCUAUUUGUUGUUCUUUAUCCCCAUUCGUCGUCUACAUGGUCCACUUCGUACAUUUGGUGUAUUGGGAUUCUGGUGUCUUCACAUUGGUUUUGGCAUGUGUCUCGAACUCGGCUUUUUCAUGUAUAUUCCAGGUAUGGCCGUUCUUGUAUUCUUGCCAUCUUGGUUCUGGGACAAGAUCUCUUCUAUGGUCUACACACCAGCUCGUACCUCUACCAUCAUCUACUAUGACAAUAGUCAUGCCGAGAAUGGUGAGAACCUCAAAAAGGUGCUUUCCAUCUUCAAGACCAUGUUCUUGGUCCAAUCAACCCCACUCCUCCCAUCGCAACGUCCACACCAACGCGUUGAGGACUUUAACAACAACCCCGUUCUAGACACCCCUCUAUCCAUGAUGGAAGAUAAGAUAUACAAUGAAAUGAAGGUAAACAAUAGUUGGAUCUGCGUUGAAAACGGUCUUACUUUGGAACGUGUCUAUGGAUACCAAGCAUUUGUCCAACUCAUCUCGCUCUCUCCACUCCUUCAAAUCUUUACAUUCUUUGUUCGUCUUGGUGCCUUUGCUAGAUUAUAUCUAUGGAUUACCAAUCGUCCACUCUUUGUUUCAGGUAAAAGUUGGAAUAUCUUUACUAAAUUAUAUCCAACUAAACCAGUUUCAGUUUCAAGAAAAUAUUGGAAAGAACUUUUAUGUUUCUUGGCAAUUAUUUUCAUUUUCAAUUGGAAUUGUGCAGGUGUUUAUGAUUAUUCAGUUUCUGAAAAUGUUAGAUGGAUUGCUCCAUUAUUCAAGAUUGAUCAAUAUUGGUCAAUGUUUAGUCCAUACCCAAGCAAGGAUGAUGGUUGGUUGGUGUACCCAGGUAUUUUGGUCGAUGGAACUGAAGUGGAUGUGUUUAGACCUGGCCAAAACGUCACCUAUGACAAGCCAGAGUUGGUUUCACAAAUGUUCCCAACCCAAAGAUGGAGAAAGUAUCUAAUGAACCUCGAAUCCUACUACAACAAGGACAAACGUAUUCACUAUGGUCGUUAUCUUUGUAGAGAAUGGAAUUGGUACAACAGGAAUCCAGGAAGCCGACAAUUAAAAUCUUUUAAAAUUAUAUACAUGGUUGAAAUGACUCCCAUGUUCCCAAUCGAUCAUGUCAUUCCUCAAGACCCUCCAGCUGAACCAAUAGAAUUAUGGUCUCAUAAUAAUAAAAUAUCAAAUAAUAAUAAUAUUAAUAAUAAUAAUAAUAAUAAUAAUAACAAUAAUAUUAUUAUUUAA